AUGCCAGAUGCCCGCCGCCGGCCUCUCCCGACUAGCUCAUCUGACCCCCCUUCAAUUUAUCCCUUUGCUCUCUCCCACUCCCACUCUUACUACUCUCCAUCGCCUACUCCAACCAUGAAGGUCCUUGCUAUUCUGUACGACGGACACAAGGCUGCGCUUGAGGAGCCCCGUCUGCUUGGAACCACCGAGAACAAGCUUGGUAUCGCAGACUGGCUGGCGGCCGAGGGGCACGAGUUCAUCGUGCGUUUAUAUUGGCCCAAAGAGGGCCCGGACAGCGAUUUCCAGAAGCACAUCGUCGACGCUGAAGUCCUCAUCACCACCCCGUUCCACCCCGGAUAUCUGACCCGUGAGCUUGUCGAGAAGGCCAAGAACCUGAAGCUCUGCAUCACUGCCGGUGUUGGCUCCGACCACAUUGACCUCAAUGCCGCCGUCGACCACAAAAUUCAGGUCUUGGAAGUGUCCGGCUCCAACGUCGUCUCCGUUGCCGAGCAUGUCGUCAUGUCCAUCCUCCUCCUUGUCCGCAACUUUGUUCCGGCCCACGAGAUGAUCGAGCGGGGCGACUGGCAGGUCUCCGAUGUUGCCCGAAACGCUUUCGAUCUCGAGGGCAAGGUCGUCGGGACCAUUGGCGCGGGCCGCAUUGGCUACCGUGUCCUCCAAAGACUUGUUCCCUUCGAUUGCAAGGAGCUGCUGUACUACGACUAUGCUCCUCUCCCUGAAGCCGCCGCGAAAUCGGUUGGCGCCGUCCGUGUCGACGACCUCAAAGAUCUCGUCUCGAAGUGCGACGUCGUAACCGUCAACUGCCCGCUGCACGAAGGCACCCGUGGACUGGUCAACGACGAUCUGCUCAAGCACUUCAAGAAGGGUGCUUGGCUCGUCAACACUGCCCGUGGUGCCAUUUGCGACAAGGAUGCUGUCGCUCGCGCUCUCGCCUCUGGUCAGCUUUCGGGCUAUGCUGGUGACGUCUGGAACGUCCAGCCCGCUCCCAAGGACCAUGUAUGGCGCACGGCGAAGAACCCUCUGGGCGGUGGAAACGGCAUGGUGCCCCAUUACUCUGGUACCACUCUCGAUGCCCAGGCGCGUUAUGCUUCUGGUGCCCGCUCAAUUCUGGAGAACUACCUGACGGGCAAGCCCCAAGAGCCGCAGAACAUCAUCGUCGGUUUGGGCAAGUACGAGACCAAAGCUUACGGUCAGCGCUGA